UUAAAUUGGAUCAUUAUGGUCACUCCCUGGUUUCAGCCCCUCGGCGCAUGCGCAGACGAGUCAAUCCGCUGUGCCAGCUCAGCUGACGGCAACAGCCAGAUGAUGAUGGCAGACUCUGGAAGUAACGAAGAAGUAGCUGUGAUCGGUAACACCGACAUCACCUCAACGGAAUCAGAGAACAACAUCAUAAACACGAUGGUGGAAAGAGGGACAGCUCUGUUGAGGAAAAUGGAGAUAAAUGUGGCAGAGGCCGAAAAGAGAAUGGGGAAGAACACGGUAAACAUGCAGGAAACCUAUACUGUCUACCUCAUAGAAACACGGCCAGCUGAAGCCGUCCCAGAUGGGGGUACGCCGGCCACACCUGACACUUUGUGGAGACGUUACAGUGAGUUUGAGCUGCUCAGAACAUACCUCCUGGUCACCUACCCCUACAUCAUUAUCCCUCCACUACCAGAGAAAAGAGCAGAGUUCGUGUGGCACAAGCUGUCAGCAGACAACCUUGACCCAGACUUUGUUGAGCGACGGAGAGUCGGCCUGGAAAACUUCCUUUUGCGUGUUGCAUCACACCCUGUCCUUUCCAAUGACAAGAUCUUCUUCCUCUUUCUCACAGAGGAGAAGGGAUGGAGGGAGGCAGUUUUGGAGACUGGUUUCCAAGACAAGGUUGACUCCAGACUAAAGUCCCUGAGUGCCAGUUUCAGAGUCAAGAACCCUGACAAACGAUUCACGGCGCUCAAACACUACAGUGAUGAAUUGAACACUGUCAUCUCUCAACUGCUCAGGGUGCGAGCGAGAGUGGCAGACAGGCUGUAUGGAGUUUACAAGGUCCACGGUAACUAUGGCAGAGUCUUCAGUGAGUGGAGUGCUAUAGAGAAAGAGAUGGGAGAUGGACUACAGAGUGCCGGCCACCACAUGGACACGUACGCUGCAUCAAUAGAUGACAUUCUAGAGGAGGAAGAGCAUUAUGCAGAUCAACUGAAAGAAUACCUCUUCUACACUGAGGCUGUUCGGUCAGUAUGUAGGAAACAUGAGUUGAUCCAGUAUGAGUUGGAAAUAGCAGCUCAGGACCUUGCGUAUAAGAAACAGCAGAAAGAAGAGCUGGUGACUGGGACGGUGCGUGUAUUUUCGCUGAAGGGGAUGACCAGUAAACUAUUCGGCCAGGAGAGCCAGGAGCAGAGGGAGAGCAGGUUGGCAGCCCUGGAGCAGAGUAUCCAGGAGGGAGAGGAAUCGCUCAAGGAGAAGAACACAGAGUCCCAAGAGUUUGUGCGAACAGCCUGGGAAGACAUCGAACGUUUUAAGGAGCAAAAGGACAAAGAUUUGCGCGAAGCACUAAUCAGCUAUGCCAUUAUGCAGAUCAGCAUGUGUAAGAAGGGAAUCCAGGUGUGGUCCAAUGCAAAGGAGUGUUUCAACAAAAUGUGAGCCAGCCAAUCACUCUCUGCACCAAAACAAUAUUCAGUCAGAUUGUUCAGACUGGGGAGCAUCAUCCAGUCUUUAUACUGCAGUCUUAUGGAGAUGGACCAUGGGAUCACAGAUACUGCCUUCACUUUGUUUGCUAUGCUAAAUGGAAGCUACUAAGAAUGAUUCUCUCUCUCUCUCUCUCUCUCUCUCUUUCUCACACACACAAACAGAGGCACACACUUACAGUGAAAAGUCAGAAUCAUUUAGUGGAUCCUUCCCUCUUAAAUCCAAGUGUCUUAACAGUACCACUGUCUCGGCAUUCUGCUGAUAUUACCUUUAUACUGCAGACGAUCCAAAUCCUCAUUGCCUUUUUGUUCCUCAGUUGCACAGCUGACAGCAUGUCCAAGAGAAGUUCUUUGGAAAAUCCUGCACUAUUAAUAUAUGAUAGUUACACGCUGGGAAUAGCUGUGCGGUGUAUUUCGCUUUUCUUAUCUCUCACCCUGAAAAUAAGGAAUGUACACCAGAGUGCUACUUAAUAGUCAUGAGAAGCUGCACAUUUCAGGCAGUGGUUCAUUUGAUUCAUUUUAGAGUCACCUGCCUUAGAUAAAUUGAGACGAACUGUGGUAUGUGCUUUUCUUUUACUUUUAGACCUUCUUCAGAGGUUCUGCUUCUAGGUACACACUAAAUAAACUGCAAUUAAUUGUGUCAUGACAAUAUUUUAAAAUGAGGUGAAAAAAACUGCGCUUACAAAUAGAACUGCUGACCAACACCAUGCAAACACUCUGAUUUGACACUUCUAGACACACAGUUAAUCGUCAAUUCACCAAAGUGUUUGAUUUUGCUUUGAUAAUUGGUCUGCUGCCUGCUAAAGUCUGCAAAGAAGAAAGGUUGAAGAGCUUGGGUAGUUGAUGUUUUGUGCCAAAAGCAAAGAGCCAUGAGUAAAAUGCAGUCAUGGAAGCUUCACACCAUGUUGGUUACCGUAUAGCUUCUUUUUUUUUUUUUUUUUUUUUUUUUUCUUGUACUCCUUAAUGGAGGCUUUUUGGAGGACUGAACCAAACAAACAUGGCACUCCCACAAGCUACCUGGGGGGGCGAGGUUGUUAGACCCACCCUGCUUACUGUCAGUGUGCCUCAACCCUUUUCUGGCAUUAAGUCACUGUACUAAAUAAUAGACCUGAGUUUCCAGCAUGCCUGCAAGCCAAAUAUUGACCAAAUAGUGAAAAUUUUUAAGUACAUACAGUUGUUGGAUCCUCAAAAUCUGCUUCCUUCGUGGUAUUCAUUUGAGGUGGCAAAAUUGGUGGAAAAUGGAUCCGACAUCUGAAAGUUGUGUUGAUUAUUUCCUUUCAGCAAAUCUUACCUUUUCAGAAUAACCAUAAUCAAUUUAUUGAAACAAAUCCAAAAUUGAGGCUUUAUGUAUGUUUUUAUUAUGAAUGUGUUAAAUUGGAGA